AUGGUCUCUACCAAGUCAUUCCCCCCUGGCAUCCAUGUGCCCAGCUUGACAUGGUUUGGCAACGACUCCAACCAGGAGAUUGACUGGGACGUUCAAACCAAGCACCUCGACUUCUUGGUCAGAUCUGGCCUGCACGGAAUUGUGCUCGCUGGAACCAACGGUGAGGCCGUUACCCUGACAAACGAUGAGAAGGCCAAGCUUGUCAAGACGACACGUGAAGUCGCAGUCGCCGCUGGCCGUCCUGACAUCGCCAUCACCAUGGGCUGCGGUGGUCAGUCCACUCGCGAUGUAAUCGCUGAGACUAAGCUCGCCAAGGAGGCCGGUGCCGACUACGCUCUCGUCCUCGUUCCCAGCUACUUCCACUUUGCUAUGAACGAGGAGGCUAUUGUCGGCUUCUUCGAGGAGCUCGCCAACGCCAGUCCCAUCCCAGUCAUCAUUUACAACUUCCCUGGUGUCGUCGCCGGACUAGACGUCAACUCGGACAUGCUCUCUCGCCUCGGCAAGCACCCCAACAUUAUCGGCGUCAAGCUUACCUGCGGUGGCAUUGCCAAGGUCGCCCGUGUCCGCGCCGAAUUCGAGCCCUCCGAGUUCUUCGCCCUUGCUGGCCAGAGCGAUUGGCUUGUGCCUGCCAUGUCUGUUGGAAGCACCGGCACCAUCACUGGUGUUGCCAACUUGUACCCCAAGUACUGCAUCGAAAUCUUUGAUCUCUACAACAGCGGCAAGUUGCAGGAAGCUUCCGCAGCUCAGCUGAAGCUUGCGCAGAUGGAGUGGGCUUUCGGCAAGGGUGGCAUCAACGGUACCAAGUGGGUAGUGGCCAAGUCGCACGGCUACCCCUUGACCAGCUGCCACUGCAGACGACCUUACCCUCAGUACACCGACGAGAAGAAGCAGGCGUGGAUUUCAGGUCUGGUUGCGCCAUUGGCCGAGGAAGAGGCCAAGCUGAACAGCCGUGCUUGA